AUGGGGGCAGUAAUUCUUCAAUGUCCAGCAACCCUCCUAUUCCCCCCUCACAUCCACAUCCUAUUAUUGUGUGACCAAUACCAUCCAAAUCAUUCUUACUUUCAUUUCCCAAAGUUAUCCGUCUACAAGGAGACCUGUAUAGAUCACAUGAUGGCACCAAUGAGGAUGGAGGAGGACCGGAGUCACAUGACUGAGAAGAUACUAAACCUCACCCUGGAGAUCAUCUACCUGCUGACCGGAGAGAGAUUUCCUCUUCUGAAGUCAGGUGAUCAUAUGACCAUCACAGUGCCUCCAUGUGACUCCCUAAAACCUGAGAGACACAACAUGCAGAAGAUUCUAGAAGUCACCAAGAAGAUGAUGGAGCUGCUGACAGGAGAGGUUCCUAUAAGGUGUCAGGGUGUCACUGUCUAUUUUCUCCAUGGAGGAGUGGGAGUAUUUAGAAGGACACAAGGAUCUCUACAAGGACGUCAUGAUGGACAAUCAGCCGCCCCUCACAUCACCGGAUGGAUCCAGUCAUGGGAACCCACCAGAGAGAUGUCCCCGUCCUCUGUAUUCCCGGGAUUCCACACAGGAAGGUCACACCAUCCCUCACCAUCAUCAGAGUGGAAUCCUCGGGGAUGAUAAUAUUGAUGUUAAAGAAGAGUAUAAAGAGGAGGAUGAGGAAUAUGGAGUGAUGGAGGAGUUUUCAGAAGGACACAAGGAUAUGAUGGAGCCACCUAAUACCAGGACCCCACCAGAGAGAUGUCCCCGUCCUCUGUAUUCCCGGGAUUCCACACAGGAAGGUCACACCAUCCCUCCCCAUUGCAAGAGUGGAGAUCCAAUCGAUAUAGAAUUUGAGGUGAAAGCAGAAGAAGAAGAGGCGUAUGUGAGGGAUGAUCAGCAGUCUAUGGAGGAGGAUGGAAUAACGGGGACAUUUAUAGAGGAGGACACUCCUACAGAGAUCAGCACAGGCCGGGAGAUGAGGAAAAACCUCCGAGGAUUGUCUCACUUUGUCUCCAGACUGGAAAGUAGAAGAUGAGGACAUCACACAGUAUAGUCCAGGAGAAAACCCGGCUCCCUCCAAUGUCCAUCCCGGCACCACCCAGUGUAGAUGGACCAUCGGAUUCCUC